CCUGAAAGGCAGCAUUCGGUCCCACAAGAUUUCUGAAUUCACGGUCAAUUGCAGCCGCCUGGAUUUCCACCGCAUUCAACUUCAAUCAUCUGUUUUUGUAAAAUUUGAUGAUAUUUUUCUUUAUCGUUCAAGAAACAAAUCAUCAAGAUUUGCUACAACUGCACAAGUCCCAGUUCCACUUUUUUCACUUAUUACCGCAAGAACAGUGUUCUUUGUCAAUCAACAAUGUCUCUUUCUCUCUGCUUCACGCCAUUGAUCUCCCAAGCAAGACAAACCCCUGCAAGAAUCCCUCUCUACAGACCUCUCAGCCCAAUUGAUAUCUCUGCCAGACCAAAGUUUGCAUAUUCAAGAUUUUCAAGUAGAAUUAACUAUGGGGUUAAUGAGAAUUUUGAGAACUUAGCAGCAGUUGUGCCGCCUGAUAAGCAGCCCAGAUGGGAGAGCUGGUUGGCCACUGCUGCAAGUUUGUACCCUGUUUAUGUGACUGUUGGAGGGGUGGUUGCUUUUUUGAAACCCUCAACUUUUUCUUGGUUUGUGAAUUUGGGUCCAACUUCAUAUAGCUUGACUCUUGGGUUUAUUAUGCUGGCUAUGGGUAUAACUUUGGAGCUCAAAGAGUUGGUCAAUCUGUUCAGACAACGGCCUCUUUCUAUACUCUUCGGUUGUGCUGCUCAAUACACUAUUAUGCCUGCUUUUGGGAUGAUAGUUAGCAAGUUGUUGGGGCUCUCACCAUCUCUUUCAGUAGGGUUGAUAUUGGUCUCUUGUUGCCCGGGAGGUACAGCAUCCAACGUGGUAACCUUAAUUGCUCAAGGAGACGUGCCGUUGUCGAUCGUAAUGACAGUAUGUACCACCCUUGGAGCGGUGAUCCUUACCCCUCUCUUGACUAAGAUUCUUGCAGGAACUUAUGUUCCUGUCAACGCCGUUGAUCUAUCCAUGAGCACCUUGCAGGUGGUAGUUGCUCCGAUUCUGCUAGGUUCUUAUCUGCAGAGCACAUUUCCUGAAGCAGUGAAACUAAUGACUCCUUUUGCACCGCUGUUAGCCGUUUUAUCUUCCUCACUUCUUGCUUGCAGUGUAUUCUCCGAAAAUGUCGUGCGUCUGAAGUCUUCAGUUGUUGGAGCAUCGUUAUCCUCCAAUACAUCUCCAAUUCUUCAUGCUCAAGCAUUGCUCUCAAGUGAGUUGGGUGUCAUUGUUCUUUCGGUCAUAAUGCUGCAUUUUGCUGGUUUCUUUGUGGGGUACCUAUCUGCAGCUUUUGGUGGAUUUAAGGAGUCACAACGGCGUGCAAUAUCAAUUGAGGUCGGCAUGCAAAACUCCUCGUUAGGAGUGGUUUUAGCUACUUCUCAUUUCACCUCACCCAUGGUCGCAUUACCCUCAGCUAUAUCAGCCGUAAUUAUGAACAUCAUGGGCAGCAGUCUAGGUUUCUUCUGGAGGUACAUCGAUCCUUCUGGUCCAAAGAGUCGUCCUGAAGCAGCUGAGGAGUGACGACGGUCGUUUAGCAUAAUGCUGAAGCUGAUGCGCCUGACUUCUGGUUUGACGUGAGUAGUUCCAAUUGACCUGCACUGUUAAUUCUCCAUUUCUCGGGGUCGGAAGCUCGACACCUUACGAAAAUCUUGAAUGAUGUAUCGAGCAUUGGAACAUGGACAACAACCUUGGCUUGCCGAUGAUGUGUGUUGUCUGAGUAUCUGUAUGAUUUCUUGUUUUCACUUGUUUUGUAGUUUUGCUCGUCUUUAUGACUAGUUGUAAAAUGUUGUUAUUUGAUAAAGGGUUCCAAACGAAUUUUUAGCCA